GCCGGAGACGAAGAGUUGCCGUGGUGACUGUGUGGAGAGAGAGAGAGAGAAGAGGGGGUAGAGAGACGGACAGACAGACACAGCGAGAGAGAGAGAGAGAGACGGAGAGAAUGAGUUGUUAAGCUCGUGGACGGUUGAAUUUUAUUUUCUGGAUGUUUAAAAGCGUCGAGUUUGUUUCGGCUGAAGAGCGCGCGGACGUGACAUGUGUUUAUGAGGUGAUGGUCGGAGUUCCCCAGUAAGAUGUAGAAUCCAGACGCAGAGGAAGAGAGACACCGAGAGGAAGGAACCCCACAUCUGAUCCGCACGAAAGACAGAGAGAGUUUGAAUCUCUCCAUUCAUUUGUCAGAAAUACUCACAGCUUCCUGUGACCUUUGACCUCCGCCACACCAUGUGUCAUGUGAUUGUAACGUGUCGCUCGAUGCUGUGGACGCUGCUUAGCAUCGUGGCCGCGUUCAGCGAGCUCAUCGCCUUCAUGAGCACCGAUUGGCUGGUGGGAUACCCGCGGUCGGCGGACGCCGUGUUUUCCCCUCACGGGGCGACGGCGGCGGGCGAGGCGUACCGCCCCACACUGGGCAUCUACGGUCGAUGCAUCCGGCUGCCACACUCGCGGCGGGGAGUUCUGUGCGGACCGUACGCGAUGGAUUUCGGAGAAAUCGCCAGCGGGUUCUGGCAGGCCACGUCCAUCUUCCUCGCGGCGGGAAUUCUGCUGCUUUGCGCGGUGGCGUUUAUAUCCGUCUUCACCAUGUGCUUCCAAAGUAUCAUGAAGAAAAGCAUCUUUAAUGUGUGUGGACUGCUGCAGGCCAUCGCAGGUCUGUUUCUGAUACUGGGUCUGAUGUUGUACCCCGCUGGUUGGGGUUGUGAUAAGGUUCAGUCAUACUGCGGUUCGGAGGCGUCACCUUAUAAACUCGGCCUUUGCUCUUUGGGCUGGGCGUUCUAUACGGCGCUGGGCGGCACCAUCCUCACCUUCAUCUGUGCCGUGUUCUCCGCACAGGCUGAGAUCGCCACGUCCAGUGAUAAAGUCCAGGAGGAAAUAGGCGAGGGGAAAAGUCUCAUCUGUCUGCUGUAGAAGAGAUGAUGAUGAUGAUGAUGAUCCUUCAUCAUUGAGACUGGAGCACAUCAUCCUAAAUCCCAACUCAAUCUGUGGAAAAUCUUUUGUACUGUUUUCAAUGUCAAGUUUGUGUUUGUCACUGCAAGCUGAUGUAAAUAUGUGUGUAUAUAAUGUAAAUAUCAUUCAUCAGGA